AACAAACGGUUUCAGACCCAGGGAACACUGCAGCCUGACCAGAAGCAAGAUGCACCCUCAGCAGUUGGUUGUCUCCUGGUUUUCCCUGGUUUUGCUGGCACCUCCCAUCACGGCUAUAUGGGAACUGGAGAAAAAUGUUUAUGUUGUAGAAUUGGAUUGGUAUCCUGAGGCCCCUGGAGAAAUGGUGGUCCUCACCUGUGAUACCCCUGAAGAAGAUGGCAUCACCUGGACCUCAGACCAGAGCAAUGAGGUCUUGGGUUCUGGCAAAACCUUGACCAUCCAAGUCAAAGAGUUUGGAGAUGCUGGGCAGUACACCUGUCACAAAGGAGGCGAGGUUCUGAGCCAUUCGCUCCUCCUGCUUCACAAAAAGGAAGACGGAAUUUGGUCCACUGAUAUCUUAAAGGACCAGAAAGAACCCAAAAAUAAGAGCUUUCUAAAAUGUGAGGCAAAGAAUUAUUCCGGACAUUUCACCUGCUGGUGGCUGACAGCAAUCAGUACUGAUUUGAAAUUCAGUGUCAAAAGCAGCACAGGCUCCUCUGACCCCCGAGGGGUGACGUGUGGAGCAGCGACGCUCUCAGCAGAGAGGGUCAGAGUGGACCACAGGGAGUAUAAGAAGUACACAGUGGAGUGUCAGGAGGGCAGCGCCUGCCCAGCCGCCGAAGAGAGCCUGCCCGUUGAGGUCGUGGUGGAAGCUGUUCACAAGCUCAAGUAUGAAAACUACACCAGCAGCUUCUUCAUCAGGGACAUCAUCAAACCAGACCCACCCAAGAACCUGCAGCUGAAGCCAUUAAAGAAUUCCCGGCAUGUGGAGGUCAGCUGGGAGUACCCUGACACCUGGAGCACCCCACAUUCCUACUUCUCCCUGACAUUUUGUGUUCAGGUCCAGGGCAAGAACAAGAGAGAAAGGAAAGAUAAACUCUUCAUGGACAAAACCUCAGCCAAGGUCAUGUGUCACAAAGAUGCCAACGUCCGCGUGCAAGCCCGGGACCGCUACUACAGCUCAUCCUGGAGCGAAUGGGCAUCUGUAUCCUGCAGUUAGGUUCUAAUCUCAGGAUGAAACUUUGGAAGAAAAGUGGAAGACAUUAUGCUAAAUUUUUAAAAGAUGCAAUGGAACAGGACCCUCCCCCUAAAGAUAUUUUCUACCAAUUUGCUUUUUUUUUUUUUUAGGAUUAUAAAGAUGUCUUUGCUGUAUUUUUAUAUUGAAAUGCUAAAUGCCCACCGAAACAAUCAGCUAAUUUAUUUAUAGUUUCCAGCUAGCAGGUCAAGCUGACUUUUAUGUUAUUUACAUAUUUAAGUAAUUUAUGUAUUUAUUAAUUUAUUACUGUUAUUUAACAUUUGUGUGCCAAGAUAUAUGUUUCAUAUACUCAUGACCUGAUUUAUAAGGAAUGCGCCCUAUUAUGCAAAAUGUGAAUUUAUGUGUUAUUUAUACUGACAACUUUUCAAUCGAGGCUGCAAAUGCAUCAGUUUUAUGGCAACCAGUAAGAACACAGUGUUCUGAUGCCAGCGCCAUAAUAUAUUUGUGAUGGAUUAGAACACAAGAGAUAGUUAAAUAGACAUGGAGACACAAACUCUUUGAGGAGGUCCUGGAGAACAGAUAUUAGUUCCCGUGUCCAUGAAGACUUCCUUGAAGUAGUGGUGAUAAUUCAGAGCUGUUUGCACCUCUAAGCAAGUUUAGUCUUUGGAUGCCUGAAAUUAGAAAGAGCUAAAAAUGAUGAUUGGAAUUGAAAUUCAGCUUCAGCCUUCCUGGCAGCCCCCUUCUAUGUGUAAGACGAAGGAGAAUGACAUGGAGAUAUCGUAAGUGUCUGGAAAGUAAAAAGAUCUUAUGAUUCAAGAGAGAAGACAAGCAUAGUUAUGGCUAAGGACAAAAUUGUCAGAAUUGCCGGUUGUUCCUUAAUAGGCACACAAAGAAGCAGACAGAUGCGGAGAAAACAGCCAUGAAUCUCUUACUUGUCAGCAUGAGGGAACAUGACAAGCAGAUAUGACUAGAAAGUGCCGAGCCAUUAAAAUGCUACUUUUAAGUAAUGAAUGUGCUUUCUGUAAAAUGAUUCCAUUUAUUUUCUGUUUACUUAUUUAUUUUUAUAUUCUGAUGGUGAACUAAUAAAAAUAUAACUCUUCUUUGCAAUA